CUCUGGAUCAGUCCGUUGCGAGAAUCUGCACGAUGAUCGUCUACCAUGUGUACCUCAAGUAUGUGGCGUUCGCGGUGGCGGCGGUCACGCUCCCGGUCAUAGGGUUGGUCAUCCUCAAGAUUAUACAGAAGUGGACGACGGGCAGAUGCAGGAGUUUGGUUUGUUUGAAUGGAAAAACGGCCGUCGUCACGGGGGGAGGCUCAGGUAUCGGCUUCGAAACCGCCCUCCUCCUCGCCGCCCGCGGCUGCCGCGUCAUCAUAGCCGACCGCGAAGACACCACCAAAGCCAAAAACAAAAUCAUCUCCGUGACCAACAACACCAACAUCGCCACCAGACACCUCGACCUGACCUCCCUGCAAUCAAUCCGCAAAUUCGCCAAAGAGAUCAACGAAACGGAAGAAAGACUGGACAUCCUCAUCAACAACGCCGGCUCCCAGGCGGCUAAAAAUAAGCACACAGACGACGGUCUCCACGUCACCAUGCAAAUUAACCACUUCGGUCCGUUCCUGCUGACCCAUCUUCUCGCAGAUCUGCUGAAAAAAUCAGCCCCCAGCAGGAUCAUUUUCGUGAGUUCGGCUACUGCAUUCUUUUGGAAUAAUUUAUCGCUGAAGAACUUGAACUACCCGAAGAAUCACCCUAUGAACUUUCUGCGGACGUCGUUUAUUUAUGGCAAUUCGAAGCUAUGCAACGUCAUCGCGGCCAAUGGCUUUGCAGAAAGGUUAAAGAAGUUUGGAGUUACGUCGAAUUCGCUCCAUCCGGGUCUUGUCAAUACGGACAUUCACGCGAGGACGGCGAGGUUUUUGGGGAUUAAGACGUUUAGGAGGAUGUUCAGGACGAUUAUUUUGUUUUUAUAUGGCAAGACUCCGAAAGAAGGAGCCCAAACCACCAUCGCCCUCGCCGUCUCCAACCACCUGAAAACCGUCACCGGAAAGCACUUCUGGGACUGCCGCAACUUCAUCCAGCCUCCGAAAGCCUGGAACAAGAAAUUUUGCAACGAAAUUUGGGAGAAGAGUGAAGAGUUCGUCAAACUCAAGCCCGAAGAGCAGCUGCCUGUCGAAACCUUUUAGACGCUAGUUAUUUAUUCUUAAAAACCCUCCUAAACUAUUUUUAUUUUUAUAUCAUUGUUUGUUAAUUAUAAUGUCGCGGACAAAGGUGUUAUUUUGUAAAAUAUCGCAAAGAUGACACAGACAGCGGGGCUAAUGGUCUCAGCAGCGACCUUCUCCUAGGUUCCGACCUAGACAUCAAGAGUUACUCGUGAUUAAGUCUUCAGUUGGAAAACGUGCGCGGUGCCGUAACCAGCCGUCGUCAAGAAGUGUUAAGACUUGUGACUUACUGUGAGUAACUCUUGAUCGUACUUCACUUAGAGUAAGGAUAAUAAGGUAGUACCUUCGUACCGCCCAUAUUUUGUUGUUGUUUUCGAAAAAUAAUAAACCUUGUUGUUUUCGUUA